CGUAUAGCAAAAUAUUUAUUUCUUGCAAAAUGAAGCUUUUUGCUUUUUUAAUAUUCCUUGUGUGCAUGUUGGCUGCUUGUUUGGCCGCUGUUAAGCAUCCAAGUUGUGCAGAAUCGACGGGGGAGCGAGGUGAUUGUCGGGCCAUGCACAAGAAGUGGACUUAUCAUCCGAAUUCCAACCAAUGUAUACGAUUCUUUUAUAGUGGAUGCCAUGGCAACAGUAAUAAUUUCGACACUCAAGAGGAAUGCGAGCAGAGAUGCCGUUUUUAAAAUUGUAAGAAACACUAAGUAAUUUGUGGAAAACAAUAAAAACGAAACCAUACCAAACAGAAAAAAAAA